CAGACAUUUUUUCAGCCUUCUGGGAAAUUUUGUGAAACGCAAAUAUGUUAAAGUCGGAGGUGCAACACCAAUACUGGAUAACCAAAAAGGUUGUGCAGCGCAAGCUGGGCAGCAAGGAGGACAAGCACAUCAUCUCCUCCGAUGCCGAACUAGAUGCCAAAAUCGAGGUAUUCAAAUCGAUAAGCGACACUAGCACGGAGCUCUGCAAAAUCAUUGACCAGUACCAGGAGCGUCUCUGCAUCCUGUCACAGGAGGAGUGCGUCUUCGGUCGCUUCCUCAAGGAGGCGGGCAAGCGCAGCAAGACAACGGGUGGCAGCAUCACAAACGCUGGCAAAGCCAUGUCCUUUGCAGGACAACAGAGGAUGUGCGUCCGUGUGCCGCUGCUGCGUCUCCAGCACGAGGUCGAUGUGUAUCGCUGUCGUGCCGUCAAGGAUACGGAGCUGACGCUGCAGACGAUGGAAAAGGAGCGUACCGAGUAUCGGGCGGCUCUGUCAUGGAUGAAGCACACGGCCAGCCAGGACAUGGAUCCAGAUACAGGCAAGGGACUCGAUAAAUUUCGCACCGCUCAGGCUCAUGUGCGCGCCGCCAAGCACAAUUUUGAUGGCUACUCCAUGGACUCCAUACAGAAGAUUGAUCUUCUGGCCGCUGCCCGUUGCAACAUGUAUUCCCAUGCGCUGGUCGCCUAUUUGGCGGAGCUGAAAACAUUUGCCCAAAAAGCCGCCUCCACAUUUCAGACAAUUUCCAAGGCGCUGAUUGUGAAACCUAAAUAUGAUUUUUGUGUGCUCAAGGAACUGUCCCAGAACGAAGGUGCGGACACCGUUGAAACUCAUGAGUCAGCGCCUAUUGAGGCUGUCGACAAGGACCAAUCGCUGUUCUUUGCGGAUGCGUAUGAGGAUAAGCCGCAGUCCAAGUCUGAGGUGCAGCCACCAGCUGAAGAAUCGUCCACGGAUGCAAUUGAUAACUGUGGCGACAAUGAGGCGCUGCUUAUUGAACUCUCCAAGCAUAUGGAGGAGGACAGUCCGCUGAUUGAGGCGCCGCUGCUCGACUGCAGCAGUGGGAAUAACAAAUUCUGGUCACGCAUGUUCAGCCAGCAACAGCAACAGUCGCCCAUUCCAAGCACUCUUCCGCCCGCUGCAGGUGCUCUUGCUGCUGCUCCAAUCCAGACCAACAAUAAACAGAGCCAGGCGAGCAGCAGCAGUUCAAACAACAAUCCCUGGUUGGAGCUGUUUGCCGAUCUGGAUCCGCUAGCCAAUCCACAGGCUUUCGAUCUGAAACUGAGCGGCGGACGACGCGUUGCGGAGCAAACAUAAAACUGGACAUUUGUCGUCGUGGGCAGACUACGAGGUUUCCAGCAAAACAACCACAACAAGAAACAACAACAAACGAAAGGAGUAAAUGUCUAUCGCUAGUAUUAAAUAGUUUAUAAAAUUCCCUUUCCACCAUCGAUCGCUGAGGCGUUUUUCACGAUGUCGAUUGGCUUUAGCUUUUUCACUAGUAAUCAGUUUGUCAAUAAAAAUCCAUCUUUUGUGUGUUUCAAAUGUUUUGCAAUCGGCGCCUAAACAAAACAAAACUAUCGAUAAAUGCAUAUAAAAUCGAUUGGCAUGUAACUUUUCGCUAAACGUUCAAAACUUUUUAUAGUUUAUUUAUUUAAAUAAAAUGUAUAUUGGA